UUCAGAUUGGUCUUGAGAUAGAUUAUUGAAGAAAUUCAGUUUCAGGUUAUUUUUUGAUGGCGCGCGUUCCUGAUCGUUCCGAUCACAAGGCAACGGAAACAUCGAGGUCAGAAGAGAACCCCGAGAGAUGCAAGAACACCCUUCGACUCGUACUAAAAUUGCCCAAUCAUCCCAGGCACGACGCAGAUAAAUCUACAAAUCUCUCUGUCGCUGACGAACAAACCAAAGCGUGCAACCCCUCAGAACUCAAGCCUGUACAUGUUACCUUCGGAAAUGCGAGAGAAGAAGCGUCGAUCAACGGAUCACCAAAUGUCGAAGCUAGAGAAAUCUACGGUAUGCACCCUUGUACGGCCUGCGACAAGUACUUCCAUUCUCUCAAGGCACUCCACGGGCACAUGAGGAUCCACAACAAGGCUCAUCCGAAGAAAGAAACGAAAGAAGGCGGCAACAGAGAAGAAGUUACCACGACUUUGAACCAAAUAUGCGAUCCGAACAUCCCUGGGAACGAGGCCUUAAAGUGGAGAGCAAAAGGAAAAAGGACUCCUCAAGAAGACCCCCCCGCUCUUAUACAUGAUCCUGAUGUACUAAAGGGUGCCAGAGAUCUCAUGUACCUCUACAACGGACGAAAAGAAUCGAAUACGAGAGAGAUUAAUGAAGCCGAGAAGACAGAAACC